UUAUGAGUACUGGCUGGAACUUCCAACACAACGGAAAAUACGCCCAGGGGAAAAGCGGGAAGGAGCUGAAUUACAUUAACAUUUUCGACAAAGGAGGGAUCCCCAACUUGAGGAAAAAAAAUGGACAGUUCGGCGACGGGCUGAAUUGCGGCCCCGCUGGGCGCAAGGCGUUGAUUCGAUGGAUAGAAUAUAAUUACCAACUGAAAAAUGAAGAGGAGAACAGCUACCCCGCUUUGAGCGCGUGCAAGGUGUGGCAAAGGAGGCAGUCCUUCCAGGAUAGGACCCUCUCCGGCUUAGUGGAUUUCCUCAAGUUUCUGAGCAUCCCCAAGCAUCUGACGUACAGAACGGUGUUCGACAAUUAUUUGUCCCCCAAGUUUGUAAACCGGCUUGCUUCGACGGAGGCGUCGCAGAAGGGACUAACCAAACUGGCGAAGAAAAUGAUGCCCAUGUUCCAAGUGCGCGAAAUGCAGCCACUCUUCUCCCUUCUUCUAGACAAAAUAGACAUCAUACCUAUAGGGAUACUCAAAACGCUGGUGGAGGAAACCCCCUCCGCUCAAUAUUUUUACGAAAUAACCUCCACCAAGGUGAAGAGGAAGAUAUGGGUUCUAUGCCCACAUAAAUUCUACCAACAAGUUGAGCCAAUCAUAGACGAAAUUAUUUUAAGAAUUAAAAUAAAAAGUAGACACGAUGACACAGUAGUUGCAUUGAUUAACCAAAUUGUAGAGUUGAUAGGAAAUCAAAAGGAAAAAAUAUUUUUGUAUAAUUUGUGUGUGCAUAUUGUGCGGUUGAAAUGGGUCCAAGUUAUUAUAAAUGAAAGGGAAAGUUUUGCCCCAGAUUGUGGGGGAGCAAAUAAAGGUACGUCUCCCCCAGGUGGGGAUAAAGAAUGCAAAAGUGAUGCUGAAGAAACUCCCACUCGUAUUCCACGCGAAAGAUACCAAUUUGAGGAGGAUAAAAAUUUAAAAAGUGAGGACAAGGAAAUUUGGGAUAACUUUUGUUAUGUAAAGUUAGAUCCCAUUUCGAACCCCCACUUGGCUGGCAACCAUUUUGGAGACAGGCUGAAAAAAUUGCACUCUUGCUUUGACAAAAUUAUGCAUAAGGAGCAAAAUAUAAAAGGGGAGGAGGUGACUAACUCCCAUGGGACGAAGCCAUUCGUUAUAUCUCUCAACGGGUAUAGCCACAAUAGCACCUCGUUUCACUAUUUGAAGAAGAGGAAGUUGGUGCAGGUAGGAGACCGUGAGGAUGAUAGGCCCAAAGGGGGGGGGAAUACCCCUUGGAAUAACUGCGCGAAGGACACAGGGAGCUUUUUCGGACGCAUCACCGAGCCAGGUACCAACUUUUGUGGCGAAUUUAAAAACGAUAUGAAGAGAAGCCUGUCAACAGGCCAAGAAGGGAAAGACGCGAAAAGGAUAAAAACCAGCAUAAACAGUUUUAAAGAAGAUAAGCUUUUUCCAAAUGGGUCUCACCUGAGCGGUGGAAAAAUGUGCAGCGAGGCGGGAGAUACCUCCACAGUUGGGGAGUUCAAGGGGGAGGACGAGGAGGAUGGCAUUAUGCCCGCGAGUGGCGCCAAUAAGGAUGGCACUCGAGGGAACACCCAUCCGAUUACAAACAACAGCCGCAGUAGCCAUAGUAGCAGGAGCAGCAACGAUAGAGAAGACGGAGAUGCGGCGGCGAUGGGGGUGGCGGCGGACGGCAAAAACGAAGGGCAGAAAAACAAAAAAGGCGCACAUAAAAGCAAGUGCAAAGCUAAUUGCCCCCCCAAAACGCUCCUACCUUUCGAUGGAAUGUUCUAUAGCCAUCUGCGACUCCUUCUGUGCGUGCAGUAUAAAGAAAAAUAUAACAUCACAGAGGAAGAGAUGGUGAAAGUAGACCGGUACUUCCCCGUGAUCGAAUUUAUUAGCCAUGUCAUUAGGGAUGGCAUCCUCAAUUUUUCGGAUCAAGCGAAAACGCAAGAGGUAGUUAAAAGGAUUAAAAACAGUUUGAAAGUGAAAAACGUGGAGGAUUUAUUUGAGUAUUCUCUUCUGUUUAGCAAUAUCUUAUUAAAGUUUUGUAUCAUUAAAGGCAUUUGCUUUUACUUCUACCGAAAUAACUUGGAGGUAGUGCCCUAUAAAAAUUGCAUGCUCUUUUGGACCUCCCUUUUUUACUUUGGAGUUUACAACAAUUUUUUUUCUUUAAUUAAGUAUGCCCUGGAUAAGGUAGAAUACAAGGACAGGAAAAGGAGGUGCAGCCAGUAUCUUCACGUGAGACGGGGGUUGCUGGGGGAAGGCACUCAGUCGUGUGGGGACUUCACUGGGGAGACCUUCCACACCGGCGCGGUGGAAAGUGAUUCUUGCGAGGGGAAAAGGGAGGGCCUAUCGGAGGGAGACUCUGGCGGAUCAGAUGAAGCGUCAGAUGAAGUAUCACCUGAAGCGUUGGAGGGGGCAUUACACGAAGGAAAAGGGGCGGAUCUAGCGAGGGAGGACUACAGAGAAUGUGGAGGAAGCCGGACUAGUGAAUAUUACGAAGAGGGUGACGAGGUUGGCGGUAGUGAGGGGGGCGACGCGGUCGGCAGUAGUGAUGGAAGUGAUGAUGUCGGGAGCAGUGAGGAGGGUGAAGAGAGUGGAAGUAGCAAUGUGAGUGAAGGGGCUGGAAGGACCGAACGGAGUGAAGAGCUCGAGGGGACCGCGCCCAGUGAAGAGGUUAACGGGACGGUGCCCAGUGAAGAAGUUGGCGGGACGGUGCCCAGCGAGGAGGUUAACGGGACAGCCCCAAGCGAAGAUGUUGACCACACCGAGCACAGUUCACCGACAGAAGGGCCAAGCGCGGGCUACCCCCACGAGGAGGGAAUUUCCCGUGAGAGGUACAAUAGCAGCGUUGAGUACGCGGAGCAGUCCAGCACAAACGGAAACGAACGUUACGACGAGGUGUGCGAAUACCAAGGGCAUCUGGAGCGGUACGACGAAAGUGAAGUGCGCGAUGGGGAAUCGAGCGAGGAGAGGAAGCGGCGGGAGCAAGAGCGGGCGUACGCCAGGUAUAGGGAGUACGCAUAUGGCGAGGGGGGGGAAGAAAAAGAUGAAGAGGAUGCAGAAGAUGAAGAAUAUGAAGAGGAUGGUGAAGAUGGUGAACAUGAAGAGGAUGAAGAAGAUGAAGAAGAUAGAGAAGACGACGAAAGCGACGACUAUGGUGCGGAUGGCGAAUAUGGUGAAGAUGGCGAAUAUGGCGAAUAUGGCGAAGAUCCCCUCGGAGACGAUAAGGAAAGUUACAUCCGCCGCUACACCCCCGCGCGGCAGUUCAAGACCUGCAGUGACAGCACGUGCCUCGAGCACCAGAGAGAGAGAAACGAAAAGGACAAUUUCAAACCGUAUUUCUACAGUGCGAGGGGUACACAAGAACCGAAGGAAGAAUACACCAGCAGUGUCGGCCAUACCGUAAGCGAAAUGAAAAGCAAAAAGAAGUAUAAACUUCUGGUGAGCGAUUGUAAAGACAGCCAUUUGAAGAUACCCCUAAUGAGCAUUUUAAAAUAUAUAGUCAUGGCGAAUAGCGAACAAGGCAGCUUCCUUUCCUUUUUUGAUUUUACCGAAGAGGAUCCCAAAUUUGAGACCUUAAAAUCUGUGAAGGAAAAAAAUAGCAUUUUGCUCUUAUCAGCUUUGUUAAAUAUCCCCCAAGUAAAUUAUAUGAAAAUAAAAAAUUUUUUUUCCAUCAUUCAUGAAUUUUUUUAUAUGGAAAAGAAAAAUUUACGAAGCGUAUCCCUCAGUAAUGCUCCCCCUAGGGAGGGUAACUCCAUUGGAGAAGUUGCACACGAGAUGAGGAGGGCGGAGGAAAAUAAAAAGUCAUAUACACCAAGUGAUCUGUUAAGCAACACCAACAUGUGUGGUGACGAUAAUGGUAAGGUAGAAAGGGUAGGCAGUAAUAUGUGCGCCCCUUCAAACGGUGCUAGCAGCUACGCCAAUUGGGGCUCAAGCAGACGAAACGCAGAAAAGGAAGUGAUCAGCAGCGGGUUCCCCCUUCAUAGUAGCAAUGAAUAUGCAACUAUGUGUGAGAAAGACAGACGAGUGAACGAAUGGGGUGAAGACCAAACCAGCGUGUCGGACACGGGCAGUAUUAACAACUUGCCUGUGGGAGGGAGGGAAAAACACACGUUUGAAAGUUUGAGGAAAAGGCUAGUGAGCCAAAUAAAUGAUAUGAACAGCGCGAUGAGUGCAAACCACUUCUUAGUAAAUAAUAACAUAACGUCUGUGUGCGCUUACCUGAGGGAGAUGGGCGGUGGGGCUGGCGAUGGAGUUAGCGUUUUCGAUGGAGUUAUCCGUGGUGAUGGCUGGGCCAACCCCCUCAGCCAAGUCGAUGGGGACAAGGCGACACAUCUGGCAACCGAAGCGAAGGGAAGUACGCCCCGCGCAGUCAACCCCUUUUGCGAAAUUUCGAAAGAGAUAGUGAAGAAGCUCACCAAUUGCAACCGCGUCAGCACCAUUAACAAGUGCCUGCCUUACAUUUUAAAAACAAGUUCCCGAACUUUCCAUUUUUUAAAAAAAAAAAAACUGAUAAAUAUUUACAUAAAAUAUAUGUAUCUAUAUGAGUAUCUGUACCACAUGGUACUGAACAGAAUGCUGCACAUUAGCACGGUGAAGAGUCUCCCCUUUUUGCAAAACGUCAUCUUAAAAGAGUUGCAUUAUUACUUUGAGGAUUUUAAAAAUAGGAAAGUGAAGAACCUGUGGAAGUUUUACCUCUACGCUCGCACACUGAUUGACAUAAACAAAAUGAACUUAAUUAACAAGCUGUUCCAUAACAAUGCCAUUGAUUAUUUUAUAAAGCUCUUUUACUCCCUUUCCUUUUACAACCCUGUUUUUUCGGUGCUUUUUUUGAAGCUCAUCGAGACACCCCUGUUUUAUAGGAGCAUUGAAAAUAAGAAGAGCGAAAUUUUGCAAAACAUUUGGAUCGGGACGCAUGAAAGGAACUUUGCAGGCAAUUCCGAAGACAAUCGACAGUCCACAGAGUAUAAAAUUUGGAUCGACGCGUACAACAAAUUUUUUACCAAGUGA